GUCUAUGGUGUUGCACAGUUGUCUUGUAUUGAGGUUGUGUAGCGUUUUUUGGCAUUUUAGUUAGAAAGGCGACGAAAAUAGGUGAUGGAAACAUAAUUCAUUGAAAAUGAAGUCCGUAGUGGCUUAUGUUCGUAAUCUUCUGGGUUGGUGUGAUGAAACUCCACCGAUAAGAACAAGCUUCAAACGAGACAGGGCCGACGAUGAAUUGUCGUCCGACGAUGAUUUACCGGCCCUCAAGAGACUCAAGCAACUGAAGAGAACUAAUUUCCCCGACAUCAUGGCCUCGAAUGAAGACUGGGAGAAGCAGGAAAACCAAAAUAAAAAUGUUAGAUAUAUACCAAUACAGAUAGAAGGUCACGCUAGUACAUCAACACCCAACGAGUCACUCAAUAAGAGCAGAGUGAGGACUGUGCCUAUCCAAUUGAUGGGUUUGUCAGAGAAUGGACCAGCCACACCGUCAAGAAAACCUAGGAAACAUACACCUGUGAGGCCUGUUAUACAUGCAUUAAUAGAUGAUGAAAAUGAUGAUACAGAUGUGACUUGGGUAGAACCAAAAGCAGAGAACCCACCCAAAAAGCCUACAAAAGUAUAUAUUGACUUAGAUGAAGAGGAUGAUCAUCAUGACAAUAAUCAGCAAGAAGAUGAUGUUAUCUUUAUUAAGAAAGUUUCAACUCCGCCCCCAUCUAGACCAUACCAAUACUUCCUCAGUAAAAAUAGCCAUGAUACUACUGAUGGAACUGUAGAGGAGCCAGUCUUUUAUAAGUUAAGUCGGAAGCCAACAGAACGGAGCUUGAUGAAUAUGUCACCCAAAACAUUUACAAAAUUCAAAGCCCCUCCUGGCAUCACAAAGUCUUAUAAAAAGGCUCCAACUCCCCUACCAAGGUGGAUGCAACCAUCAAAACCAACCACAUCGAAUCUCUCAUCGUUUUCUAGAAAUAGAUUUUUAGGUCUCAAUGGCAACUCUAGGUCAACAAUUUCAGAAGUAUUCAAUUUAAAUGAAAAGAAAAAUUAUCAAGAACUUAUUCGGCGAGUUGCAGCUUCCAUGAAACCAAUGGCGACAGGGAAACCAAUUGAUAUAGUAAAUCUAGCUGACGAUGCUGCUUCCUUCAGGCUAACACAGAAAACACAAAGAAAUGCUCUAAAUGAAAUUAAAUUAGUAGAAAAAGGAUUAGCUGCUGAAAGAGACAAUGAUGCAUCAAAAGAAUAUGAUCCCAUCACAGUGGCAUCCAUAAACUCAUCCGAUUCAGAAGUAGAAGUAGUUCCAUCAGAAUCAUCUACUACAUCUUCUCAGAGGAUUGAUCCUAUCAACACAUUAAAAGACUCGUAUAGAGACAAGGCCAUUACUGGAGGAGAUUGGCUUUUAAAAUUAGAAUCAAAAUAUAAGAAAAAGAGACAAGAGACACAGGCAAAGCUAAAAGAUGCAACGCGUGAGUCUGAUAUCAUAUCAAAAGUAAAUAGUGAACAAAGUAUUGCUCACCUGGAGCAUAAACUGAAAUAUGAGCUGAGUAUACCAGAGAGUCUGUUUGAGGAGCCACAGCCCACUGUAGAGCUACCGGCUCUGACUCCAGAACAAGAGAAAUUAGUGAACAGAGCACUGGGACCAGGACCUCCUGGACAGAUGCUUGUAGAGAAAUUCAACUUGAGGAUACACAGGCGGGACCUGCAAACUCUAUCGGGCCUUAACUGGCUGAAUGAUGAAAUAAUAAACUUCUAUAUGAACCUGCUGAUGCAGAGGAGUGAGGAACGGAAAGACUUGCCGAAGGUGUAUGCCACUAACACAUUCUUCUAUCCUAAGCUCAUGCAGAGUGGACAGGCAGGUCUUAGGAGGUGGACGAGAAAGGUGGAUAUAUUUGCGCACGACCUCCUGGUGGUUCCCGUGCACUUGGGCGUGCAUUGGUGCCUCAGUAUCGUGGACUUCCGCGCAAAGAAAAUCAACUACCUUGACAGUAUGGGGGGCCGCAACCAGGCCUGUCUGGACGCACUGUUACAGUAUCUCAGAGACGAACAUCAAGACAAGAAGGGGGCGCCGUUCAAUGACAGUGGCUGGAAGACUGAAUGCCUCAAGGACAUUCCACAGCAGAUGAACGGCAGUGAUUGCGGCAUGUUCGCGUGCACGUUUGCGGAGUUCUCGUCCCGUAACGCGGCCUACACCUUCACGCAGGCACACAUGCCGUACCUGCGCCGUAAGGCCGCGCUUGAGAUACUCACCGGGAAACUACUGCUCUAGAACAGUCAAUGGUGUGUCUCCAUGUUAGUGAUCUAUUUAUUUUAUUUGCGAAGUUGAGUGCAUCUUAUGUUUUACGUACUGUACUGUACUUGUCAGUGCCUGAAUGGUGUUUCCUCGUGAAAAGUGUUCUAAUAAGUUGAAUUUAUGGUGAUCUCUAGAAGAAACCAUUGUCACUGCGCUGUAUAUAAUUCAUUUUGUUUAUGAUAUUUUUGCUAUUGUAUUCUAUCUUGCGAAUUUUCUUAAGUGUUGUGGCAAAAUAAUCUAAAACUUUAUCGAUUUGUAAAUAGUUUUAUUCAAUUUUGAUGAUCCACAAUGAAUAUUAAGGAAUGUUGAACAAAUGUAAAUAAAAAACAUUUAUGCAUAUUUACGUGGGUGGACAUUAUAUGUAAUGGGGUCAUUGUCAUUAACCAUAACUCAUUAACAAUGAAGAGUUGAGAGAGUUAUUGUCUGUAAUAAGUUAGAGAAUACACGUUAACGAUAUUUCCGAUUAGACAUCGCCAAUUUAAAUUAAUGUAAUUUUAAUUAUACCUAAGCAAGUAUAGAAAGAUUAUUAGAAAAUAUAUGUAAAAUAAAUAAAUCACUAACAAAAAUAAAUUUUAACUAAAACAAAUGGACAUAUUGUCGGUUUUAAGUCUGAGAUGAUUGUUUAUAAUAUAUUAAGUAAGUUAAAUGCUGGUUAUAUUUAAAAUCUGAAUUUAUUUGUAUAAUUUCAUCAGUAGGAUCUUCAAGGUUUUGUGGUUAACAUGUGUUGAUUUUGAAAUUCCAUAAGGUUGCACAUGUAACGAGCAUGGCUCCGGCCCGACGUUUCGAAUUCACCGCUAGAUGCCAGCGCACUUGCGGCGCGGCGCGCGCGAGUUGUAAGCGCGCCGGCCGCAACGUGGAAGCUUUUUGUCAUCACGCCUAGGACAUACGUCAGGGGGUUACAAUUUUAAGAAUACGAUGCGACGUUGUUUCGCAUGCGACUGGCGGGCGGCUCGCUGGCGGCGCGCAGUAAGCACGCGGCGCCUCAACUACAACUCGAGAAGACCGGGCGCUGACCACACGUCAUCGGCUUUUUGAAUUGACGUUAUGAAAAUAUCAUACGACAUACCAUUUAAAGUUCCUAUUUAAAUGACAACUUAAUUGCUGGGUUGGAGCCGAGCCAGAGCCAUGCUCGUUAGGUGUUGCGAUGACCUUUAGUUGUCCAGAUAACCCAUUAUAAAUGCAAUGUUUUUGACCAAGUCUUCAUGUCAAUGUAUGGGCGGUGUUGAUAUCUUUACAAUACUUUUGCGGACCUUAUAAAGAUUCGAAAAACUAAGUAAAGUAACUCUUUAUGUACAUAAAAAUAUCUUCCAUUCCCUUGUAAGUAUAAGAAUCAGAAAUAUAAAUCAAGCUGACUUAGUAAGAUCAUCUUUGCAAGUUUCUUCAACAUAAACAUGAACUUAUUUUGGGUACUGCUGAAAAUAGGAUCAGGAUUAGUUAUGCAGAAUCGUACAGGCUUCAAUUUAAAGCAUUUAAUAUAUUGAACUCGGUUUUAUUAUUAUCCUUACAACAGUACCUAAAAGAUAGUUAUACUGAGUACUGUCACCGGUCACGAGACUACAAUGUACUUGUCGGUCCUUAUGUUAAUUUACAAGUUCCCGUGACAAACAGACAGACACUAAGGGUAAUCUUGUUAAUAGCUUUGUGAUAAAAAAAGUAUAUUAAUGUAUGUGAUGACUUGAUGAGUGCAUGCACAUUAUGUGGAGUUGUAGAUAUAAGUAAGAUAGAUAGUGUAUGGUAUGAUGCAUGUUUUGCUAACUUUGGACGGAAUUUUUAAUUUAAAUGUAUUUUGUAAAAGAUCGAUGCUCUUAAAUGUCUGCGAUUAUAUUUGUACAAAUAAUUAGACAUUGCAGUAGACCCCAUCUACGGAGAUGGGGUCUACUGCAAUGUCUAAUUGUCAUACGGAUGACGUCAUCCUAGAGAUAUGACGCCACAGCUUUAUGAAAUAGUUAUACUAUGUGACACAUUUUUCAUUCCUGUUUACUUAUCUUCCUAGGAGAACUCGUUCUUUUACUAUUUUCUAAGUCCCAAAUAAUUUAUGAAGUAUGAUUGGAGGCAUGUUUGUCUGUUUGUCAUAGUAACAAUUUAGUCUUAGCGUUAAGUAUCUGUCUGUAUUAUAAAAAUAUAGUUAAGUUACACUAACUUAAUUCAUAAUAAUUAUAAAUUAGACAUUUUGUUUCGCCUGCAAAAGGCUCUCCGAAGUUUUCUAAGUGAUGGAAUAAUAAAUAAAAGAAAAUUGAAAUCA